AUGGAAUUGGAGACCCAAGACAUCGCCGUCGAUGUAGACACCGUCAUAGACGGAUGUUCGCCUAGAGAUGACAACGAUGUGGAAACGCUGGGAGAUGGCAGCGGCCAAGGGAGUAAUAAGUCAUUGGACAGAAUCAAGGGGCCAUGGUCACCCGAAGAGGACGCGAUACUGAGUCAACUCGUCAGCAACUUCGGAGCUAGGAAUUGGAGCCUCAUUGCUCGAGGAAUUCCUGGCCGAUCUGGAAAGUCAUGCCGCCUCCGAUGGUGCAAUCAACUAGAUCCUGCCGUCAAACGCAAGCCCUUUACUGAUGAAGAAGAUCGCAUCAUACUUGAGGCCCAUGCUGUUCAUGGGAAUAAAUGGGCGUCAAUUGCAAGGCUUUUGCCAGGAAGAACAGACAACGCAAUCAAGAACCAUUGGAAUUCCACAUUGAGGCGCCGCUGCAUGCAACUUGGAAAAUUUAAGUUGGAACCCGUGAAUGUCAUGGAAGAUGCUAGUGCUGAAAAAUCAAAAGCAUCAUCUGACGAAACUCCAUCAUAUGGUGAUGCCAACUCAUAUAAAUCCUCUGAAGGGAAAGAUGUUAACUCUCUGGAACAUGUGAGUGACAACCACGACCACCAUGAAGAGAGGGCUCAAUCAGAAGGUCAAUCUAUUGACCCACCCAUGGACCCUCCCACUCUAUUCCGUCCUGUGGCUCGCAUUAGUGCAUUUACUGUUUGUAGUUCACUGGAUGGCCCAGAAAGUUUAAAUCCAUGUCCAGGGCCCCUUCCCUUGCAAGUUCCCUUAAUUCAAUCCUCAAACCCAGCUGUUGGAAUCAGUAAAUUGCUCGAAGGAGCUUAUGGUGAUCGGUUGGUCCCACACCGAUGUGGCCAUGGUUGCUGUGAAAUUCAAGGUGGUGGGACACAAGUAAGCUGCUUAUUGGGCCCUGAAUUUGUUGACUAUGCUGAACCGCCAUCUCUUCUAAGCCAUGAAUUGGCUGCAUUAGCUACGGAUAUAAGUAAUGUUGCUUGGCGUAAAAGUGGAUUGGAGAGUAGCAGUAUCAAUGCCAUGGACAAUGUGAUUGGUGGGAUGUAG